GCUUGCCGCGCAGCGGAAGUUAUCGCACUAGCCAAUAAUUCUAUGUUUUUAAGUCGAUCUCACCAUGCAAAACUUCUAGAAAUGUAAUAUUAUUUCCUCUGCGCGGCAAGCAUUGAAGCAUUAUCGCGUUCUGUGUGUAGAAGGCGUUAUGUUAUGCCAUGCCUUGCCAUGUGCGGUUGAUUUUAUGAGAGUUUAAUUUGUGAAGUGUAACCUUUUACAUUCCGGGAGAAUAAAAAAAAAGAAACUCUGAUUUGUGUAUGUAAUAUUUGACCAUUUGUGCAUUAAAAAUUUACAAGAUUUAAGCUCUAUUUUCCAAAAUUGACUGCCUGAAAAUCUAUAGUGCACAUAAACUGUAACAUUUUCAACAUAGGCAGUAAGUUUGGAACACAACCUUAAUAGAUUCAACACAGCAGUAAGGUUAGACCUUAAAGAUGGUUACGAAAGUCAGUAAACAGAAUGUGAAAAAUUUUAAAACGUUAUGGAUUCGCUUCGACGCGGACAGUUCUGACAAGCACCAACUAUUCUUCAAGGAACAUUCCAUAAGAAAUCAGGAACUGGAAUAUCCCAGGAACCGAACUCUCUUUGUGUUGAACGUACCACCAUACGCUACUAUUGAUUGCUUGAGCAAUGCAUUUGCUAAUCUGUGUGGAAAUGUACAGUCUGUUACAUUUUCAGAUACGAAAGGGUUUAAAACUGCAUAUAUUGUUUUUAAGAAGGAAUCCUCCUUAGAUAAAGCUAUGGAAUUUUCAAAAGAUUUCGUAAUUACAUUGAAAAGUGAGAAAAGCACUUGCCUCACGGGAUUAGAAAAAUGGUGUAAAGAAUAUAAUGAUACUUUGUACGACGAACAAUUAAUGAAGAAAGACAUUGAGGAAUGUAUAGCUUCGUAUGACAAACAAAUACAGGAUCGUAUCGCACAAGAGAAAGCUGCAGAAGAGGACAACGAUGGUUGGGUAACUGUAACAAGUGGAAAGAAAAGAGGACAAUUUGCUCCAUCCAGGAAGGAAUCUACCAUCGGCAAGGUGCAACAGAAAGAGGAACAACGGAAGAAGAAGCAAUUAUUUAAUUUCUAUACUUUCCAAAUUCGUGAAACAAAAAAGCAGAAUUUAGCGGAGUUGCGAAAGAAGUUCGAACUGGACAAAAAAAGAUUGCAAGAAUUGAAACAAAAACGGACGUUUAAGCCAUUUUAGGUAUGUUAUAUGUGUUAAAUGUUGUAAAUAAUAUUAGGAUAUAAUUAUAAGAUCAA